UGUAACUGACAAGCUCAUUAGAAUGGAGAUGGACCAUAGUGGUUCUGUUUACUUUGCACACAUCGUCUCUUUGCUAAAGGCAAGCCACAGUAGCAAGUAAGUAUGACGCUUUUUUCAACAAGUUAUGGCAUCGCAUAACUCCCCAGGCACUCAAGUUCGCCGACGACAACUGCCGAGUUUGUCUGUAGAAACCGUGAACAGGAAAAAAUCCCCCCUUACCUCUCAUAUGACCUACAAAUCAAGUCUGGAAUAUUUGACAAAAAACGAAGGAACCUUCGCCAAAGUAUUGGAACUAAUUAGAAGAUAUCCUACACUCGCUGAUCACCGUUCCACGGGAAAAAUCUGGGAGAUUUUGUCUCUUGGAACAAAACCUUUGCCUAAGAGACCACUCUCUAGUUGUCAUACACCACAAGAGCGUUCAGAACCAUUCAACAUGCCGACAAUAUCCGUGUCAUCAGAGUUGUCGUCUGCUCCGCAGUGUCCAUCUUGUGCUCGACAUGAAAAAUUUCAUAUCGGAAUCAUAGGGAUGCCGUCUGAACACUCAGAAACUUUGAAAUGGUCUCCUCUUGUGUGCAGUUUAUCAUCUGAAGUUUUUGUGAACUGUUUCAAGAGCAACAAAGACAUGACCUUAGACAUAGAAAGUGUUGAUGGGAUCGUUUUCUUUAUGACAACUUCCAGUCUUCACAAUGUUUCAUAUCUUCAGGCGCUCAGUUACGCUCAAGAGCAAGGGAUACCUGUUGUAUUUGUCAAGGAGCCGGGACUUAAACUUCCUAAUCACGUCUCUGGCGACUUCACCGAGAAAAUCUUACUCCAACAAGGCAUUAAGCAGCAGUCGCCUGCAAACUCAUAUGAAGACCUCAGCACCAAUAACUUUCUCCGAUCCGAUGCUCUUCCGCCAAUAUCAAAAAGUGGGUAUUAUUUCAAUUCAGAGCUGAAGCAUGUUUCUUCUUCAUCACGACCGAUCUCCCCCGAACUGUUGGUCAAUGGAUUCAAAGAAGCUUUGUUGUAUUCUGGCAAUAACACCGACUACUGUGUCCAGGUAACGCUCAAAUUAAUCUCUCAGUCUCCAAGAAACAGAAAGCAAAAGGUACCAAGCAACAUGGAUGACUCGAAACUAAAACCGCCAACUUUCGAUAAUUUCUUGGAACCUACAAGUACUAGUACAAAACGGCAAACCUUCGCCAAGGGAGGACUGUUCACAGACUACACUUCCGAAAGUUCUUCGUCUACGGAAUCGUCCGAAGACAGCGUUGUUGAGGUAAGUCCGGCCACAAAACCCAUUGACCGAAGAGAGUCGUUGGACCAGGAAACCAUUUAUGUUUUGUUUCCGGAUAGAAGUGAGGGGGCAUCCACAGCAAAACCAGUCUACGUGAAGUGGCCCCCAAACGAAAACGAGGUCUACUGUAGUGAUACGACGCUGACGGAUGUGGAUGACGAGUCAUUUCUCUCUGAUUCGUCUAUUGGCUUUCAAGAUGUCGAUUUAGCUGAUAUUAUGUCUACUUCUGACGAGGAAUCCAUUGUUUCAUGACGUCAUAUGCAAGUCU